AUGUCAGGAAUCUCAGGAUACACGGUAAUGGACCAGAACUCUAGGUUCGCUACAGAGGGCAAGAAUGAGACUAGGACUGGCUCAGAAACAGACUUAGGCUCAGGAACAGAUCUGCAGACUAGGACUGACUCAGGAACAGAUCUGCAGACUAGGACUGACUCAGGAACAGAUCUGCAGACUAGGACUGACUCAGGAACAGACUUAGGCUCAGGAACAGAUCUGCAGACUAGGACUGACUCAGGAACAGACUUAGGCUCAGGAACAGAUCUGCAGACUAGGACUGACUCAGGAACAGAUCUGCAGACUAGGACUGACUCAGGAACAGACUUAGGCUCAGGAACAGAUCUGCAGACUAGGACUGACUCAGGAACAGACUUAGGCUCAGGAACAGAUCUGCAGACUAGGACUGGCUCAGGAACAGACUUAAGCUCAGGAACAGAUCUGCAGACUAGGACUGACUCAGGAACAGACUUAGGCUCAGAAACAGAUCUGCAGACUAGGACUGGCUCAGGAACAGACUUAAGCUCAGGAACAGAUCUGCAGACUAGGACUGACUCAGGAACAGACUUAGGCUCAGGAACAGAUCUGCAGACUAGGAUUGACUCAGGAACAGACUUAGGCUCAGGAACAGAUCUGCAGACUAGGACUGACUCAGGAACAGACUUAGGCUCAGGAACAGAUCUGCAGACUAGGACUGACUCAGGAACAGAUCUGCAGACUAGGACUGACUCAGGAACAGACUUAGGCUCAGGAACAGAUCUGCAGACUAGGACUGGCUCAGGAACAGAUCUGCAGACUAGGACUGACUCAGGAACAGACUUAGGCUCAGGAACAGAUCUGCAGACUAGGACUGACUCAGGAACAGACUUAGGCUCAGGAACAGAUCUGCAGACUAGGACUGGCUCAGGAACAGACUUAAGCUCAGGAACAGAUCUGCAGACUAGGACUGACUCAGGAACAGACUUAGGCUCAGGAACAGAUCUGCAGACUAGGACUGGCUCAGGAACAGACUUAAGCUCAGGAACAGAUCUGCAGACUAGGACUGACUCAGGAACAGACUUAGGCUCAGGAACAGAUCUGCAGACUAGGACUGACUCAGGAACAGACUUAGGCUCAGGAACAGAUCUGCAGACUAGGACUGACUCAGGAACAGACUUAGGCUCAGGAACAGAUCUGCAGACUAGGACUGACUCAGGAACAGAUCUGCAGACUAGGACUGACUCAGGAACAGACUUAGGCUCAGGAACAGAUCUGCAGACUAGGACUGACUCAGGAACAGACUUAGGCUCAGGAACAGAUCUGCAGACUAGGACUGGCUCAGGAACAGACUUAGGCUCAGGAACAGAUCUGCAGACUAGGACUGACUCAGGAACAGAUCUGCAGACUAGGACUGGCUCAGGAACAGACUUAGGCUCAGGAACAGAUCUGCAGACUAGGACUGACUCAGGAACAGAUCUGCAGACUAGGACUGGCUCAGGAACAGACUUAGGCUCAGGAACAGAUCUGCAGACUAGGACUGACUCAGGAACAGAUCUGCAGACUAGGACUGACUCAGGAACAGACUUAGGCUCAGGAACAGAUCUGCAGACUAGGACUGACUCAGGAACAGACUUAGGCUCAGGAACAGAUCUGCAGACUAGGACUGGCUCAGGAACAGACUUAGGCUCAGGAACAGAUCUGCAGACUAGGACUGGCUCAGGAACAGACUUAAGCUCAGGAACAGAUCUGCAGACUAGGACUGACUCAGGAACAGACUUAGGCUCAGGAACAGAUCUGCAGACUAGGACUGGCUCAGGAACAGACUCAGGAACAUAUCUGCAGACUAGGACUGACUCAGGAACAGACUUAGGCUCAGGAACAGAUCUGCAGACUAGGACUGACUCAGGAACAGACUUAGGCUCAGGAACAGAUCUGCAGACUAGGACUGGCUCAGGAACAGACUUAAGCUCAGGAACAGAUCUGCAGACUAGGACUGACUCAGGAACAGACUCAGACUCAGGAACAGAUCUACAGACUAGGACUGGCUCAGGAACAGAUCUGCAGACUAGGACUGACUCAGGAACAGACUCAGACUCAGGAACAGAUCUACAGACUAGGACUGACUCAGGAACAGAUCUGCAGACUAGGACUGACUCAGGAACAGACUUAGGCUCAGGAACAGAUCUGCAGACUAGGACUGACUCAGGAACAGACUUAGGCUCAGGAACAGAUCUGCAGACUAGGACUGACUCAGGAACAGACUUAGGCUCAGGAACAGAUCUGCAGACUAGGACUGGCUCAGGAACAGACUUAGGCUCAGGAACAGAUCUGCAGACUAGGACUGGCUCAGGAACAGACUUAAGCUCAGGAACAGAUCGGCAGACUAGGACUGACUCAGGAACAGACUUAGGCUCAGGAACAGAUCUGCAGACUAGGACUGGCUCAGGAACAGACUCAGGAACAUAUCUGCAGACUAGGACUGACUCAGGAACAGACUUAAGCUCAGGAACAGAUCUGCAGACUAGGACUGACUCAGGAACAGACUUGGGCUCAGGAACAGAUCUGCAGACUAGGACUGACUCAGGAACAGACUCAGAAACAUAUCUGCAGAAUAGGACUGACUCAGGAACCGACUCAGGAACAUAUCUGCAGACUAGGACUGACUCAGGAACAGACUCAGACUCAGGAACAGAUCUGCAGACUAGGACUGACUCAGGAACAGACUCAGACUCAGGAACAGAUCUGCAGACUAGGACUGACUCAGGAACAGACUCAGACUCAGGAACAGAUCUGCAGACUAGGACUGACUCAGGAACAGACUCAGGAACAUAUCUGCAGACUAGGACUGACUCAGGAACAGACUCAGGAACAUAUCUGCAGACUAGGACUGACUCAGGAACAGACUCAGGAACAUAUCUGCAGACUAGGACUGACUCAGGAACAGACUCAGGAACAUAUCUGCAGACUAGGACUGACUCAGGAACAGACUCAGGAACAGAUCUGCAGACUAGGACUGACUCAGGAACAGACUUAGGCUCAGGAACAGAUCUGCAGACUAGGACUGGCUCAGGAACAGACUUAGGCUCAGGAACAGAUCUGCAGACUAGGACUGACUCAGGAACAGACUUAGGCUCAGGAACAGAUCUGCAGACUAGGACUGGCUCAGGAACAGACUCAGACUCAGGAACAGAUCUACAGACUAGGACUGACUCAGGAACAGAUCUGCAGACUAGGACUGACUCAGGAACAGACUCAGACUCAGGAACAGAUCUACAGACUAGGACUGGCUCAGGAACAGACUCAGACUCAGGAACAGAUCUACAGACUAGGACUGGCUCAGGAACAGAUCUGCAGACUAGGACUGACUCAGGAACAGACUCAGACUCAGGAACAGAUCUACAGACUAGGACUGACUCAGGAACAGAUCUGCAGACUAGGACUGGCUCAGGAACAGACUUAGGCUCAGGAACAGAUCUGCAGACUAGGACUGACUCAGGAACAGACUCAGACUCAGGAACAGAUCUACAGACUAGGACUGACUCAGGAACAGAUCUGCAGACUAGGACUGGCUCAGGAACAGACUUAGGCUCAGGAACAGAUCUGCAGACUAGGACUGGCUCAGGAACAGAUCUGCAGACUAGGACUGACUCAGGAACAGACUUAGGCUCAGGAACAGAUCUGCAGACUAGGAAUGGCUCAGGAACAGAUCUGCAGACUAGGACUGACUCAGGAACAGACUCAGGAACAGAUCUGCAGACUAGGACUGGCUCAGGAACAGACUUAGGCUCAGGAACAGAUCUGCAGACUAGGAAUGGCUCAGGAACAGAUCUGCAGACUAGGACUGACUCAGGAACAGAUCUGCAGACUAGGAAUGGCUCAGGAACAGAUCUGCAGACUAGGACUGACUCAGGAACAGACUCAGGAACAUAUCUGCAGACUAGGACUGACUCAGGAACAGACUCAGGCUCAGGAACAGAUCUGCAGACUAGGACUGACUCAGGAACAGAUCUGCAGACUAGGACUGGCUCAGGAACAGAUCUGCAGACUAGGACUGGCAUCACGCAUCACACACGCAUCAACACACGCAUAACGAUCCACCUGCUCAUAGAGAUCAAUUAA